CCAGACGUGCAAGUGGCGUUACCUACGCGCCGGGGUGAAACUUGCAAGCUCCCCUUAUCGAGCUUUCAGAUGGCUGUGCCUUUCAGAUUUUGACGUUUCCGUUCAUCUUUCUCCUCUCGUACCCCCCUUUCUCCUCCCCUAUUUUUUUACACGGUUCCUCGUACAUUUCAGUAAGUCAAUCUCGUCGGCAGAGAAUCAUCCCCCGACAUGCCACGAAAAAUCGGAUUCAACGUCGUGUACGCAACCAGCGAGGAGGACAGGCACUCUUCGUUGGAGCUAAACAUACAUGGACCGACGGUAAGGGGUUGGCAAAGUUCGCGAAGAUGUACAUAUCCUCAAGAACUCAUUCUUCGUCUUCACGGGCCGACGAAGCUCACAAGGAUACAAGUCUUAGCUCAUCAAUAUCUAAUUCCCGAGAAGCUAGAAAUUUGGACGUCGAAGGAGGAAAAUGCGUCCGUCACGACGGAGUUCAGUUAUUUGGGUUACAUCACGUUGUCGGACAAUGCCUCGACCAUGUACAAAAGCAGAGAGUUGAAAAGCGUCGCCCUUCCGGAGACAGAAGCUGUCUCGUUGAAAUUGAGACUGCACAAACCGCACAGUAACGCGCACAAUGUUUAUCAACAGGUCGGUCUUAUCGCUAUCAAUAUUCUUGGUGAACCUUAUGGACAAGAGCUGACUGGUCAAGGGGAUGCACCGUACAAUCCCCAUUACACGUCUCCAUAUGACGACCUGGCAUUCGAGAUGUACGUUGAUCGUGACGUCGCGAAGAUCAUAAGGCAGAUGGAGGCGAAGAAACUGCAGGCUGUGGAAGAGGAGAGGUUCGAGUACGCUUCCAAGUUGAAGGUGGCGAUGGAGAAUCUCAGGAAAGCGGGUGAACGUCUCGGAAAGUAUGAAUUGGAGAAAAAAUAUGCUAUAGCUCUGGAAGAUUACGAUAAGGCCAAGGCGAAGAAGGCUCAAGCGCAACAAUAUAGGCAGCAGGUGUACCAAAGCUUGGAGGUGCAAGAUCUACUUGAACUUCACGGGCCACUGGAGAAAAAUAAUAUGUCAUCCAUGGAAGGAAAGGAACCCAUCUCGGUGGACACGUGUAGCUCCAACGCGACGGCUGCUCCUGAAGAUAUCACAUCUCCCCCGAGAUUGGUGAUCCCUCCGAACCGCGAUGGAGCUAUAUCGCCAACAGGUCCUGCACAUCAACCACCUGUUUCGCCUUUGCAUCAGAAACCAAAUAGUCCUGAAGUGACCGAUAGCCCCACGAACGGUGUCAUAGAAAGGCAGAAUAACUGCAACAAAGGAUCUCUUAGAAGGAAAACGAAAUCCGCAGGACCGGCGCUUCGAUCCAGUUACGAGGCUUACGAGGAGAGGACGAUACCCGCUUUGAGACACUCGCACACGAACGAGUUUACCAGAGAGUGUCACAUGGAUAAUUCGGAAACGAAGGCGAUAUCGAAACUGAACGACAGGGAGAAGAAGCAAGCUGCCUUACCUAUAGCCGUUUUUGGAAUGGAAAUGGUGGAGAAAUUCUACUCGAAACAGUUCACGGACAAGGAGGAAGGUUUGAUGCAGUUGAAGGAAGAGUUGAAGACGUUCGAUCCGGAAGUCUCGAAGCACUCCGCGAAUAAAACGGCGAGAGCAGCCAUUUUGUUGUUGCACAGAGCUCUCAGAGACAAAGUUUUCAGUGUCUACAGCCUGGCAGCGCAGUUGAUCAGGAUUUUCUUCGCGGAAUUCGCGACGGAUAGAGUAUCGUCAACGGAAAUUGCGAGGAGCGUAGAAAGAUUACUACCGGAAUUAUUAACAAAGUCAGGCGAUACCACCCCGAGAAUUCAUAAUAUGGCAGUGCACACGAUACUGAGUAUGGCGGAUUGUAAAUGCGUGAGAGAGUUGCACAUCAUACCGGUGCAUCUGACACGACCCGUUAGCAGUAGUACGCAUCAAAGACUGGCCCUCAGUAGGCUAGAAAUGGUGGAGCAAUUAAUUUUGAACCACGGGAUUUCUACUGAUAAACAAAGUGGACUCACGUGUCGAACGUUGUCAGAGCUGGGUUCUUCGGGGUUGCACCAUCCAGCGGAAGCGGUGAGGAAAGUUUCAGAAAGGAUUUUAGUACUUGUGUACAAAGUGAACCCUAGGUUGGUUCGCAAGCAGCUACCUCCUGACGACGAUAUUACUAGGAGGAACUUAUUAUACCGUCAAUUGUUUCAUGAAUUCGAUCUCAUUGAUCUGCAGAGGAAAAAGGAAGCGGAAGCCAGUCACAAAACAACGACACCUACACGGACAAAAUCGACGGAAAAUAAUGUAGCGAACUUGACGAAAUCUCCUUCGCGAACUAGUCCUGUCGUUAGCACCGGAAGUUCAACAAGUAUAACAUCUCCGUCCGAGAAUAGUACAGAGCACAAGGGUGAUAAAAUAUGCAUAUUCUGUCUCUCCAAGGGGCAAGGAUAUUCCGAGGAGGGAUUAAAUAUUCAUUAUUGGAAAAGUUGUCCGAUGCUAACGAAGUGCGAGGCGUGCAAGCAAGUGGUAGAAAUUUCGUAUUUGAAUUUACACUUAUUAAACGAAUGUGAUAUGCGAAGCAAUUACGUCAAAUGUGACACGUGCAAACUAGCGAUUAACGAGCAUUCCUUCGAGGAGCAUAGGAAAGACAACAAGUGUACAAAACCCAUCGAGGGCUACGACCGCUGUCCACUCUGUUCGACUCUUGUAAAUCAGAACAAAUGGAAGGAACAUCUCAUGGGUGAUCAUCCUUGUACGAACAAUCCACGAAACAAACUAGGAAAAACCUGUUCGAAGUCUCCAUCCAAUUCUCAAAAUCUUGCCGGGAAAAUGACCUCACCAACCAGUAGGGAUUAUUAGCAUCAACCGUCGACUUCGAGUUUUUUCGGAGUGUAAUGUUUUAGAAAAGAUUUUUCUUUCGUUUUCAUUUAUAGUUUAUCUAUAUGUUAUGAGCUGUUUCAGCGUUUUUUCAUAUUUGUACUUAUAUUUAAAUGUUUUUUAUAGAAAAACCCGUCCUUCAUUAGUAGAAAUCUCUGUGUUGAACGAAUUUCUAAGCGUAAGUUUAAAAACCCUCUAAUCUUUAGGAUCUAGGAAUCUUGUUAUCGAUUCGAUUGAAAAUCGCAAGAGCAUCUACUACGCAAUGUAAUUAAAGCGAAUACCGACGACAAGGUUAAGAAUGCCAUUAUAAGGACAUUGGCGUAACUAGGUAGAGAUCAGGGAGGCCAACAUCCCCUAGAAUGCAGGUUGGCUCGUUCCUGAACGUGAAGAGUGAGGAGUGACCAUGUAACACGUUGCAAAUUAUCGUGUAGUAGUCUAACGAUAUAACGUGUUACGAUGCUGUCACCCUUCUCUCUUUCCUAGAUGAAAGUUUUAGUUACACCAAUGGACAAGGUUAUUCAUCUUUUCCAAUUUUACCGUACAGUAGAUACACGAAGUUUAAUACGAUUCAACGACGCAUUAUCAAUCGUUAUGGCAUCGGCCAUUUCAGAAUUAAUGAUUCCUCUGCAUCCGGCCAUAUUUCUAAUAAAGUUUGUACUAUAACCUCACAGCAAAGUAUCCUCGAUCUAGUGGCCGAAAAAUAAUACG